CAUGAAUUUGAUGCGAAAGUAAUUUUUCUGCAACGGCUUCGUUGGAGACGGAGCACAGCCACCAAAACACACCAACGCAGCCACAAGCCAAGCAGACGAGCCCACUGCUGCUGGCUGCUGCUGCAUCUGAGAACGACUGGCGUGCGUGUGAGCGGCGCAGGAAGCGCGGGAGGGAGUGAGACACUUGCACACACACACACACAGAAAGAGAAGUAGCAGGAAGAGUGCACAGGGCGGUGUACAGCUACAGCACACAACAACGAACAACGCAAGCAGCGUGAACUGCUCAGGGUUCCAUCACCGCGACACACACCACAACAACACACACACACACAUACCGUAAGUCAUGCAGUUGCGGCACUUGCAGACGGUUGUGCCGGCCGUUGAAGGCACCAACAAGGUCACCGCCAUGGCAUGGAGCCCAAACAACGUCAAGCUCGCCGUGGUCACCGUCGAUCGGGUUGUCAUUCUCUUUGAUGAAAACGGUGACAAGCAAGACAAGUUCUCAACAAAGCCGGCAGAAAGCGGGGGUCCCAAGACGUAUGUGGUCAAGGGGCUGGCGUGGUCGCCAGACUCGUGCAAGCUCGCUGUUGCACAAACAGACAAGAUUGUCUUCGUGUACAAACUCGCCCAACCAGAGCGCGCAGCCGAGUGGGACAAGAAGAAAUCCAUUUGCAACAAGUUCCUGCAAACGUCGCCCGUCACGUGCCUCGCGUGGCCCGCCGCACACCAGAACACCGUCGUGUACGGCCUCGUUGACGGAAAGGUGCGCAUGGGCAACUUGAAGAACAACCGGUCCCAGUCGCUCUACCCAACGGGAUCCCCAUGCCUCGCCAUCGCUGCCAGUCCUGACGGGCAGAACAUUGUUUCCUCGCACGCCGACGGAAAACUUUACCGCUACUCACUCGAAGACAACGGUCGUCAGGGCAUCCUGUGCAAGCACCCUGUGCCCGUGUAUGCGCUGGCGUGGGGCGAGACCAUCAUGGCCGCAGGAAGCGACAUGCGCGUCGUCUUCUACAACGAAAACGGGCGGGUGGUGCAGCACUUUGAGCACGGCGAGGAGGAGGGCGAGUCCGACCCCACCACCGCCGUCGUCAGCCCGAGUGGCCAGAGCAUCGUCGUUGGCUCGUGCGAUCGCCUGCGCGUGUACAACUACAACAUCCGCCGCUCAAAGUGGGACGCGUCGCCACCGAAGACGAUUGAGAACCUGUACACCGUCUCCGCCCUCGCGUGGAAGCCAGACGGCAGCAGGCUCGCCGUGGGCAACCUGUGCGGUGCCGUUGAGUUGUUUGAGUGCUGUCUCAAGCGCACCCUCUACAAGGGCAAGUUUGACUUCACCUACGUCGGGCCCUCACAAGUGAUUGUGACGAAGCUUGCGACCGGCAGUCGCAUUGUUCUCAAGUCGCACUACAACUACGAGAUUGAGAAGAUCAACGUGCUCGGCAACGACCAGUACCUCGUCGGCCAUACAAACGAGACGCUGCUGAUCGGGGACCUUGCGACGUGCCGCCUGAGCGAGGUGCCGUGGCGCUUCUCCGGCAACGAGAAGUUCUACUUUGAGAACCCAAUGUGCGCCCUCAUCUUCAACGCGGGCGAGCUCACCGUCGUCGAAUACGGCAACAAUGAGAUCCUGGGCAGUGUGCGCACGGAGCACAUGAACCCGCACGUGCUGAGCAUUUGCAUUGGAGGCCGCACUUCCACGCCGACGGAGGACAACAAGAAGAUGGCGUACCUCAUUGACGCGCGCACCGUUGUGCUGAUGGACCUGACCAACGGGUCCACCAUCGCGACCAUCGAACACGACGCAAAGGUCGACUGGCUCGAGCUCAACGAAACAGGGCGCAAGUUGAUGUUCCGGGACAAGCGGCGCCGGCUGUUCCUGUUUGACAUUGCGACAGAGGAGCAGCACGCUCUCCUCAGCUUUUGCUCAUAUGUCCAGUGGGUCCCAAACUCCGACGUCAUCGUCGCUCAAAACCGCAACAACCUGUGCGUGUGGUACAGCGUUGACCACCCCGAACGCGUCACAUCAUUCGAAAUCAAAGGCGAUGUUGAGGACAUUGAGCGCGUGGACGGGCGGACGGAAGUGCUGGUGGACGAAGGGGUGAACCAGGUCGCGUACACGCUUGAUGAGGGCCUGAUUGAGUUUGGAACAGCAGUGGAGGAUGGGGACUACGUGCGCGCCGUCGCUUUCUUGGAGACACUCGACACCUCGUCCCCAGAGAGCAAGGCCAUGUGGUCGACACUGGCGCAGCUGUCGCUCAAUGCUGAAGAACUUGUUGUUGCCGAGCGCUGCUACGCUGCCCUGGGCAACGUUGCCAAGGCGUCCUACCUGCACCGCGUGAACGAGGAGGCGCGUACCAAUGGUUCACAGAGCUUCCAAGUGCGCGCCAAGAUGGCUGCCCUCAACCAGCACUUCAAGCUGGCGGAAACAAUCUACCUCGAACAGGGCGCUGUCGACCAGGCCAUGUCGAUGUACCAGACGCUGCACCAGUGGGACCAGGCCAUCGCCGUUGCCGAGUCGCGCAACCUGCCCGAGCUCCACGACAUGCGCAACAACUACAUGACAUGGCUCAUCGAGACCGGCCAGGAGGAGCAAGCUGGCAAGGUGAAGGAGAGCGAGGGCGAUUUGCACGGCGCCCUCGGCUUCUACAUGAAGGCCGGUCUCCCAGGACGCGCUGCCAACCUUGUGAUGCAGCACCCGGAGCUUGCGCAGGCGCAAGAUGUUGUGAGCCGCGUGUCGAGUGCCCUCAUGAACGCGUCGCUGUACGAGACGGCCGGGCAGCUGUUUGAGCGCGCACAGCUCACCUCCCGCGCCCUCGAGGCAUACAAGAAGGGCAAUGUGUACGGGCGUGCGGUCGAGCUGUGCCGGGUUGCGUUCCCCAACGAAGUCGUCACCUUGGAGGAGCAGUGGGGCGACUACCUUGUUGCGCAGAAGCAGCUAGACAGCGCCAUCCCGCACUUUAUUGAGGCCGGCCGCAUGGAGAAGGCAAUUGAGGCUGCAAUCAACGCUCGCCAAUGGACAAAAGCGGCGCAGAUUGUUGACAUGCAGGAGGAGGCGGUCGCGCGGCCAUACUACAAAGUGCUCGCCGAACACUUUGCCUCCGUCCGCGAUUUCUCAAACGCAAAGAAGUACUACAUCAAGAACCGCACGCCCAAGGCUGCGAUUGAGAUGUAUGUUGCUGCGGGCAAGUGGGACGAGGCGCACAAGCUCUCGAACAAAUACAUGCAGAAGGAGGACGUUGCUGACAUGUACCUCGACAAGGCUGGCGAGCUUGAAGGGCAGCACAAGUACAAGGAGGCCGAGAAGCUGUACAUCUCUGUUGACGAGCCUGAUUUCGCCAUCAACAUGUACAAGCGCAUUCGCCAAUACGACGAUAUGGUUCGACUCAUCAAGCAGUACCAUCCAGAUUUGCUCAAGGAUACACACAUGCACCUUGCAAGCGAACUCCAAGAGGAGGGCCAGCUGGCGCAGGCGGAGACGCACUUUGUCGAAGCGGACGACUGGCGCAGCGCAGUGAACAUGUACCGUGGAGCCGACAUGUGGGACGAUGCAUACCGCGUCGCAAAGGCACACGGCGGCCAGAACGCAGCACAGCAGGUGGCCUACCUGUGGGCGAAGAGCCUUGGCGGCGACAGCGCUGUGAAACUCCUUGUGAAGCUCGACAUGGUGUCUGUUGCCAUUGACUUUGCGUGCGAUCAGAGCGCGUUUGACUUUGCCUUUGAGCUGGCACGCUCGGCAGCCAAGGAGCGGCUGAGCGACGUGCACCUGAAGCACGCCAUGCACUUAGAGGACGAGGGCAUGUUCAAGGAGGCUGAGGAAGAGUUUGUGCGUGCAGGCAAACCGAAAGAGGCGGUGCUCAUGUAUGUGCACGCACAGGACUGGGACAGCGCUCAGCGUGUUGCUGAGGGCCAUGAUCCGGACAGCAUCUCCGAUGUGCUGGUGGGCCAGGCCCGAGUCGCCUUCCAGAACCGCGACUUUGCGGCUGCAGAGACGUUCCUGCUGCGGGCAGACCGCCCCGAGCUCGCCGUGCGCUACUACAAGGAGGCAGACAUGCUGCAGGAUGCACUUCGCCUCGCCACGGAGUACGUGCCAAGCAAGGUGCCGGAGAUCAAGGCACUCAUUGCCAAGAAGGGGACACCCAUGCCUCCAGGCACGCACGGCGAUGACGUCAUGGAACGCGCGCGCAUGCUGGAGGCGAGCGGGCAGCACGCCAAGGCGGUUGAGGAGUACCUGAAGGUGACGCCGGAGAGCGUGCGCGACGAUGACGUGGUGGAGGAAGCGUGCGAGAAGGCGGCUGAGCUGGCGACCAAGUUUAUCCCGGCCAAGGCAGCGGAUGUCGUCACCACUGCAUGCAGGAGCCUCGUCACAAUCGGGCGGUACGGGGUGGCUGCGGACCUGUUCCUCGGCAUCGACAUGCUGCGCGAGGCAGUGGAGACGUGCAUGGCAGGCAACCUGUGGGACCGCGCAAAGAACCUGGCAGACGGCGACGACGACCUCGCUGCAUAUGUGCAGGAGCGUUACGAGGAGCACCUCAAGGAGACGGGCGACCCCACCCGGCUGGUGGAGGUGAACGUGAUUGCAGCGCUGGACAUGUAUGCGCAGCAGCGGCAGUGGGAGCGGUGCAUGGCGGAGGCAGAGAAGCACGGUGGGCAGGUGCUGAACAAGUACGCGGCACUGUACGCAGCAGACCUGCUGGACCAGGGCGAUGUGGUGCACGCACUGGGCGUGUUCAAGCAGCACGGCGCGCCGUCCACGCCGAACAACUUCAACCUCUACCGCAAGCUCACGCUCGAUGUGCUCAACGCACCGCACGUGUCUGGGUAUGGCGUGUACGCGGACCUGCGUGACGUGCUCGCUGGCGUGUGCACGGGCCUCUCUGCACCGCAGCACGGGCAGGGCGUGGUGGACGAGUUUGACCGCCUCACGCGCAUCUGCCACUACAUGGCGCUGAAGAACGCGUGCAAGGACGUGGGGGAGCUUGCAGACCUCUUCACCAAGCUCAACGUGGCGCUGCUGCGGUACACGGACACGGUACCCGCCGACCGGGCGUUCUACGAGGCCGGCAUGGCGUUCAAGGACCAAGGGCGCGACAACAUGGCGUUUAUGCUGCUGAACCGCUUCCUGGACCUCUCCGAGGCAAUCGAGGAAGGCGACCUGGAUGGCCUCGACAACACGGAUUUCGUGGACACGGACAUACCGUUUGAGAUUCCGCUGCCGGAUGCGCCAAGCAUUGCGGAGGACGAGCGGGAGGAGAUCAAGGACUGGGUCCUCGCCGUCUCCAUGGACCAGCAGAUUGACCAGGUGCUUGAGAAGGAUGAGCGCGGUGUCUUUAUUGGCACGCUGGUUGACAAGAUGCACAACAAGACCUACCAGCCCUGCGUCAUCUCAGGAUUCCCCAUCCUUGGCGCCGCCGUCGACAUGGACGACGGAAAGGUUGCGUCGCGUGAGGAUUGGAACAAGUUUGUCAUGGCGGUGAAGACGCUGCACAACGAUGAUCUGUCGGAUGUGCUUCGCUUCCUCAACACCUGGUGUGGCGCUCCCGCCAACCCCUCCUACGCCUUUUAGCCUUCUGGCCCUUGCUCUGCUGUGCUGCUGUACAUGUCUCUGUGUGUGUGUGUGUGUGUGUGUGUAUGCGUGUGUGUGUCUGUGUCUGCGUCUGUCUGUGUGUGUGCG